AUGACAUCAGAUGAAAUUAGAGCCAGUUUCUUAGAAUACUUCCGCAAAAACAGACACGCUAUCGUGCCGAGUGCAUCCUUGAUACCAGCAGGUGACCCGACACUGUUGUUUACCAACGCCGGUAUGAACCAAUUUAAAGAUGUGUUUCUCGGUAUUGGACAGCGGGAGUACACACGCGCUGUUGAUACACAAAAAUGCCUGCGAGUCAGCGGCAAACACAACGAUCUUGAAGAGGUCGGUUACUCGCCAAGUCACCAUACCUUCUUUGAGAUGCUCGGAAACUGGUCAUUCGGUGAUUAUUACAAGCAAGAAGCUAUCGCCUUUGCAUGGGAAUUGGUGACCGAACUUUGGCAGAUCCCGAAGGAGCGUCUCUGGGCAACAAUCUAUCUCGAAGACGACGAAACAGAAAAACUCUGGCUCCAAGAGACAGACCUCCCACUCUCGCGCAUCCGCCGUUGCGAUAAGGAUAACUUUUGGGAAAUGGGUGAGACAGGUCCCUGCGGUCCUUGCAGCGAACUCUUUGUUGACAUGGGCGUAGACGCCUACCCUGAAACUGCAAAUGACCCAGACGCAGGUCCCAAUACGAGCGAUCGCUUUCGGGAAUUCUGGAAUCUGGUGUUCAUUCAGUACAACCGAAACGAAGACGGCACGCUUGAACCCUUGCCAGCAACACAUGUAGAUACAGGCAUGGGAUUUGAGCGGAUUACCUCCAUAUUGCAAGGGGUUGAUUCAAACUACAAGACGGAUCUGUUUACACCGCUCUUGACAACAAUUGCUGAUAUGACAGACACUGCCUAUUUCGAUGAUGAACGCGGGUUACCGCACCGAGUUAUCGCUGAUCAUAUUCGGUGUUUGACCUUCGCCAUCGGCGACGGUGUCAUGCCAUCCAACGAGGGACGAGGCUAUGUCAUCCGCAGGAUCUUGCGACGCGCUGUGCUUUACGGCAAGAAAUUAGAGAUAAACGAAGCGUUCAUCUACAGGCUUGUUGAUAACGUCAUUGAAUUGCUCGGCGAUGUAUUUCCUGAUGUCCUGCCGCGCCGUGAGUUUAUCACUCGCACGAUUCAGGGUGAAGAGCACCGCUUUCAUCAAACAAUCGAACGCGGUUUGGAACUCCUCGAUCGCUCAUUUGACACGCUCAAGGAGCAGAACGGCACACAGGUUGAUGGAAAGCGAGCGUUUGAGUUGUACGAUACCUUCGGUUUCCCCCUUGAUUUGACACAGAUGCUCGCACGUGAGCGUGGGUUCACAGUUGACGAUGUCGGCUUUGAAAACAGUAUGGAGGCGCAACGUUCGCGUGGACGGGCAGCAUGGGACGCCAGAGGCGGUGCCAAAGACGAAGAAAUCUCUGUUUACGCGGAAGUCCUUAAAGAGCACGGUGAAACGGAAUUCGUCGGCUACACACAAAACAACAUAGAUGCAGAAAUCGUCGCUUUAAUCGCCGACGCGGAAUCAGUCGGCAGCGCGCAACAGGGCGACGAGGUGUUUGUCCUGCUGAACCGAACGCCUUUUUACGGUGAAUCGGGCGGACAAGUCGGCGAUGUCGGCACACUUGAGAGUGAAAAUGGGAGGUUGGCUGUAGAAGGCACACUCAAACCUUCAGCAGACUUAGUUGUUCACAGAUGUAAGGUACUUGAAGGUGAAAUUACACCAUACACUGCAGUGCAAGCACAGAUAGAUAUCGAACGCCGAAAUGCUGUCGCCGUGAGUCAUACAGCAACGCACCUUCUCCACAGUGGGUUGCGGGAAGUACUCGGAACACACGUCGCACAAGCGGGUUCACUCGUUGAAGCUGGUAGGUUGCGGUUCGACUUCUCACACUACGAAUCUGUUUCGCCAGAACAAUUGAGAGAUAUUGAGGAAUUUGUCAACGAAAAAAUUCGCGAAAAUGACGCGUUGUCUAUCAGUGAAAUGCCGUUAGAUGACGCAAAAGCGAAAGGGGCUUUAGCCUUCUUCGGCGAUAAGUACGGUGACAUUGUGCGCGUUGUACAAACUGGCACUUAUAGCGCGGAACUCUGUGGAGGCACCCACGUUGACGCAACAGGUGCGCUCGGUUUCGUGAAACUGAUGAGCGAAAACAGCAUCGCUGCAGGUGUCCGACGCGUCGAGGCACUGACAGGUACUGCCGCGGUAGCCACGGUUCAAGAAGACACCGCGCUCCUCACCAACGUGGCGAAUCUGCUGAAAACACCCAAAGCCGCUCUGCCUGAACGGAUCGAACGAUUGCUCCAAGAACAACGGGAUUUGGAACAGCAACUUCAACAACUCAAAAGCCAGUAUGCCCUUGCCAACGUCGGUACUUUAGUUGAAGGUGCUACACUUGUCGAAGACGUGCGGGUCGUCGCCUCACUCGUAACAGACGCGGAUAGGAACGGGUUGCGGAAGCUUGUUGAUGAACUCAAAACCCGCUUAGAAUCUGGUGUCGUCGCACUUGCCGCCGUGUCAGGAAACGAAGUCGCCUUCGUGGUGGGUGUCACCCCAGACUUGGUGAAGAACCGCGAUUUGCAUGCGGGUAAAAUCGUCUCUGAACUCACCCAACUGGCUGACGGUCGCGGUGGGGGACGUCCAGAUCUCGCGCAAGGGGGUGGCAAGAAUCCCAGCAAAGCGAACACCGCCAUUGCGAAAACCAGCGAAAUUGUCGGACAACAACUUAAAACUUAA